AUGACAGACGUCAUACAAAACUCAGGGCAUGCGAUGACCCAGCGUGGGAGCGAUGCAGAAGGCAACAGAUUAGGCACUUCAAUAAGUCGUUCUAGCCAGAUUAUGGCAGAGACUGUCAUUAAUGAGGAACCGAAUCCAAUCCAGCAGCCCCAAGAAUCCGAAUACCCGACUGGCACCAAGUAUUCCCUCCUCAUGCUCACAUUGGCUGGAGCCCUUGUGCUUAGCAGCAUAGAUAUGAACAUCGUUGCCACCGCAGUGCCUAGCAUAACAGAUCAUUUCCACACAGUUGCGGAUGUUGGCUGGUAUUCUUCUGCCUUCAGGCUCUGCCAGUGCGCUUUCCAAUUCAUGUUCGGCAAGGCCUACAAGCUGUUCUCUAUUAAGCGCGUCUUCUUGUCUGCCAAUAUCAUCUCUAUAGCAGGCUCGCUGCUCUGCGGAGUGUCCAAUACAUCAAAAAUGUUGAUUAUCGGGAGAGCGGUAGCUGGAUUAGGCUCUGCUGGUCUUCUUUCAGGGGUCUUCGUCAUCCUCGUACACUCCACACCCCUGCGCAAGCGGCCUUUGGUUGUUGGCGUGAUGAGCGCGCUCGAAGGUCUUGCCACACUGUCGGCACCCUUACUUGGUGGAGUUAUUGUGCAGUCACUUGGGUGGCGAUGGUGCUUCUAUAUCAAUGCGCCUAUUGGCGCCGUUACACUACUGUUGACAUUUUGGUGUUUAUCGGAUACGCCCAAACCUAACGACAUUGCCCGCAUGACGCUCAAGGACAAGAUCUUACAAAUCGACCUGGUAAGCAAUCUACUUCUGAUACCAGCACUGACUGCUCUCUUCCUUGCAUUUUCAUGGGCUGGCACCAAACAUCCUUGGAACAGUGGCCUUGUCAUCGGCCCUUUGGUUGCAUUCGGCGUUCUCUCAACAGCAUUCAUCUACAAUCAACGACGCCGAGGAGAUGCCGCUGCCAUCCCUUUACGGAUCAUGAAGCAUCGCAGCGUCAUCGCGGGAUUCAUCUUCAUCAUGUGUGGCAACAGUACUGGCAAUGUGCUCGAAUACUAUCUCCCCACGUACUAUCAAGUUGUCCGUGGGUUCACGCCUGCAAAAAGCGGAUAUAUGAUGCUUCCGAUUAUCAUCGCCAGCACCAUUGGCGCCGUGGCUCAUGGCAUCGGAACGAGUAUCUUCGGCUACUAUGCGCCGUUCAUGCUCUUCGCUUCCAUCAUCAUGCCUAUCGCGGCGGGAUUGAUCACCACCUUCAAAAUCAACACUACCUUUGCGCAACUGAUCAGUUAUACCGGCUUCUCGGGUCUCGCGUACGGCAUCGGCUUCUCAGGACCGCAGAAUGCCGUGCAAACAGUACUGUCGGCGGAGGAUGUCCCGCUUGGUACAUCCAUAAUGCUAUUUGCACAGUCAUUCGGACCCACUGUGACGAUUGCAAUAGCACAGGUUCUAUUCGUGAAUCAGCUCUCGGUCAACCUGGAGGGUCUUGUGUCAGACCCGGGUGGAACAAAUAUCGAGAAUGUAGGUUUGACACAGAUUGUGGCCAGUGUGCCUCCAACUCAGUCUGCAGAUGUUCUUGUGGCCAUUGAUAAAAGUCUCGUCCAGACAUGGUAUUUGGUGGUUGGGCUAGCUUGUGCCACGAUGGUUGGAAGUUUGUUGAUAGAAUGGCGGUCGGUCAAGUCACGGCGCGACUAG